UACUAGAAUCUAGAUAGUGAUAGAUUAGAUAGACUUUCUAGGACUAGGACUGUAGAAUAAAUAGUAAAUACUAGUCUAGGUCUAGAUCUAGCUACUAACUUGACUAGAAUUAAACAUAUCCAUGAUUCCUCCUAACUCCCCUGAGGAUUUCUGAGCUGUCUAAUAUUUAACCUGCUGUAGGCCCUCUUGUUCAUAAUGGCUGAAGAGAAUAUCUCAGAAAGCAGCCAAUCAACCAUGAUACGGGAUGACAUGAUAGCCAGACUUGUUCAGACAGAUGCUCACUUCAAGCACCAGCAACGUGGAGAACCAGAUCUUACACUGGAAGAGAAAUCUAUCAUUGCUCUUGAUGUUCUUCAGCGCAAUCCAGCAUUAUUUUUGGAACGUUUUUCCAAAUAUCUUACCAUUCCUGACACCAAAUUUUUUGUCGACAAGAAGGAGGAUUAUCGGGUUGACUUUUAUGUUCAAGAAAUUCUAAAACGCUGUACUGAUACAAGUAAAAAGGUUGUUAAAAAUAGAAGGUACAGAGCAAUGCAAGAGCUUAUGGAUGUUGGAGAAUAUUUCUCUGAAGAUGAAAUGAAAUGGAGAGAUCCUUUACUUUAUGAACAAAUGGUUGGUCAGUAUGAGAAUGAUGUUGAAAAAACUGACAGAAUGGAACAAGAAAUUGAUAGAAGUGACUUGAAAUUCUCUACCAUCCUUUUGAAACAUAUGGAUACUCAAGCUAAUAAACAAUACUUUGAAAUUCUCAAAGAAAAAGAGGAAGAGCAAGAAGAAGAAGAGGAUACUGAAGAAGAUGAUGAUAUGGAUGAAGAUAACAAUCUAAAUAAAGCUAAACAGUCAAAAGAAAAUGCUGAUAAUGAAGAAAUAUCUGAAACGGAAAGAUCUUUCUUGAAAACAGAAUUUCUCCGGAUCAUGCAAGAGAGGUUUUUGUCUGGAGAGGACUCAGCUUUUGACUACAGUAAUGUAGAUACAAAUACAGACUAUGAUUCUUUAGAUAUUGUUGGACACGAUGCUGAAGAAAAAUACUUUGAUUCUGAUGGAGAUUAUAUUUCCAAUGACUCCCCUUCGAGAGACAUUCAUUCUGAUCGAAUACUUAGAUGGAGAAUGGAAGGAAUUGACCUCUUGUCUGAAGAAGAAAGGAACAAGGGAAGUAAUUUAAAGACAGAUAACAGUGAACCUGUUGAAGUGGAUGAUUAUAUGAGUUACACACCUUGUGAUGAUCCAGCUGGAGAUAAUUCAUAGCAGUUGUGGAGGUUGUUGAUAGUUUAUAGAAAUAUUUUAGGUGAAAACCAUUCUCUUUCAAGACUUUAGAAGUCUGGGAUUUGUUGACACAUCAUGUGUAGAUGCACAUAUUUUAUGCCAUUUUGGGCUCUGAAAGACUAGCUUUGGAGUUGUGCUUCAGAUUAAUUGACUAAUAUUAAAGUUUUAGUUUGGAUUGGCCUAAUAAGUCAAGUUGUAAAUAGUUGAUUACACAAACUGCCUAAUAUUUUAUCUGCUGUCCAGAACUUUUAGCCAGUGUUAUGUAGUACUGGACUGAUUAUACUCCACCAAGAAUUUUAAAUUUUUUAUUGUGCAAGAGAAAUUUUGACUUUUGUUUUAUCAGCAUUUAUAUCUAAUUGUUAAGUUAUUAAAAAUGGAAGUAUUUUAGCUUUUUAUUUAUCGUUUUGAAAGAUUGUUGUUUAAUCAUUUUAAAACAUUAUUUUUUUUACAAUAGGUUAACUUCUCAUAAUGAGAUAACUUUGUAUAACAUAAUGACCACAUAUUUAUGAUUCCUGAACAUAAUUUUCUCAGCAUAUUAAAUACAUUACUUCACUGUUGUUGGGAUUAAAAUACUUUUUUUAACAAAGAUUUGCAAUAUAAUUUACUCAAACCUGAUUAGGAUUCCGUGAUGUCUAUGAAAUCUUGUCAUUAUCAUAAUUAAUUAGCAAUUUGUUUGUUGUUUAUUGGGUAGAAGAUAUUGUUUUGUUUGUUUCGGUUGAAGUUAAUAAUUUUGUUUGUUUCUGUUAAACAAAAAUGCAAGGCUUUUAUUUCGUAAAUAUUAUGAAUAUUCAGUCACAUAUUAAGGUAAUUUUUCUUAAUUUGAUGACUGAGUUAACUAAUAAACAAAAUUCUACUAAUAUUGAAGAUGUUAAUUAAUGUAUUUUAAACAUUCAUUUUUUCAAAUGUAUUCACAAGUUUUACAAAUCCAAAACAUUGCAAAUAAAUAUAUGUAAACAAC